AUGAAAAAUAUUCAGAUUGAAGAAUUACAGUUACGUGUCUAUUUGCAGUCUAGUGAAUUAUCGUACGAUAAAAUAUGCAAAAUAGGAGCCAAAUACAGGGGAAACUACAAGAUACAAGAAUUAUUAGGUCGAAAUCUAUUUAAACAAGAAUGUUAUGGUGAAGCAGCCCUAUGGUUCUAUUUUUUAUACAAGAGAAAACAUUCAGCAAAAUACAGGCUUCUUAGUUGGGUAUCACAUGAGAUGAACAAUCUACAAAAAGAAGGAGUAGAAUUAAAAAGGAAUGAAACGGUAUUUGAUGAUCAGGCUGCUAGAAAAGAACAUGUUGGUCUAUUUCUGGAGCCUGAAUUAGAUAAAAUGUGCAAUAUUGAUCUGUUUAGGGAUCAAACAAUUAAUGGUGACGUGAUUAUUGACGACAAAUGGGCUACAAUUGAUGUUAACGAUAAUUAUAAGACAAAUCUAGCAAAAUUAAGGCAAUUUUAUUGCGAAGACACAAACCUGAAAUUGAUUAACUAUUUAUUGGUCAAAGAUGUGUUAAAUGUAACAAGAAUCAAGGAACUGCGAUUUUUACAUAAUAGAAUUGAACAAAAUAUCAAGAAGAAUGUCUAUCAAAGACUAUUCAAGUAUUUAUUCCAUGAUACACUACCAGAUUACCUAUGA